UGCGAAGGUGUGCUCAUCUCCCCGGGUUUCUCCAGUCGCUUGGCCGCAGUGUCAGCUUCACGUUUAAUGGAGGUGGGAGGACAUGGAUUGAAAUUGAAAGGACCAAGGUGUCAGAUGCUACAGGCACGUCCCUCGAUGCCUUUUAUAAAGAUCAAUGUGACUUCACUUCAUUCGGUGCUUUAGUGGUAUAACCAAAUCCAGGAGGAUAGACGGAGGGAGGGGGUUUCCCACUUUUUGCAGGACUCGGGUAAAAAAAAAAAGAUACCGCAGCGGUGAGCGACGGUGGUCUGUAUUUUUGUAUUUGCGAAGAUUUCUCAAAAUGUCUACGAAAGCAGAACAAUUUGCCUCUAAGAUACGGUACUUGCAAGAGUAUCACAACCGUGUUCUGCACAGUAUUUACCCUGUGCCAUCUGGGACAGACAUUGCAAACACACUGAAAUACUUUUCCCAAACGCUGCUCAGCAUUCUGUCCCGCACAGGCAGGAAGGAGAACCAGGAAGCUCCCAAUUUGGCCGUCCCCAUGACCAUGUGUCUUUUUCCUGUGCCAUUCCCACUCACCCCAUCUCUAAGACCACAAGUCAGUUCCAUCAACCCUACAGUUACUCGCUCCCUCCUUUACAGCGUUCUGCGGGACGCCCCGUCUGACCGCGGGGGCCAGCAGAGUCGGGACGCUCAGCUCUCAGAGUACCCCUCUCUGGACUAUCAGGGGCUCUAUGUGACACUGGUGACCUUGCUUGACCUGGUUCCCCUGGUGCAGCACGGUCAGCAUGGUGAGUGCGUGUCCCUCCGUGUCCCGUGUUGGGAGUGGGGGUCACAGUGGUCGGUCACAGCCAUGAAUCGUUUGGGCCGGCAGAUGUACUGGGGGGGCCCGCACAAUGUGCAGUAG